AUGUCUUCACCAAUUGGAUGCUUUCACACCGACCCAAAGCGCCUGGGUCCAGUUUCUCCCAAUUGCAAACUUCCAGCAGCAAAGUUUUUGAAACCAACAUACAAAUUCUAUGAUUAUAGUCAGACUCCCGUCAACAUUGUCCGCAAGAAAACUAGUGCCGAGGAUUGUCCAAUAUGCGUUUGCUAUGGAGUACGGACUAUGAUGCUCGAUUUUCGUCCUAAUCCCCAACACCCAAAAAAGACCUACCGAGAUGCCGUAAAUGAACCGUUGUAUCAAUCUGGCUUUGCCUCAUAUCAUUUACCAGCCGAAUACGUGAACGUUCAGACCCCCUAUACAGGAACGUCGUUUACGUUUGAUGUGGAAAAAGGUCAAAACGGAGAAGCGUACCAUGCGCUCAUCUGCUCCCUUUUAACCGGCAACGCUGGUCAGAUUAUACGUAUCAAUAUUGGCAAGGCCUCGCAGCCGGCUACUGUGGAACAGCAGGACCUUCUUUACUUUUAUUGUUCGCAAAAGGCUAUUGUCGAUAUUCCAAGAGGCGGCGAUUCAAAGGACAAUGCGACCAAGUGUAUAGCCCGUGUUUUUGAGCAAAACCCCGAAGCGCAGGACCAAAUCUUUCAAUCUCUAAGAGAUUACCUCAAUGAUUCGCAGCUUCAAACUGCACCAGCCGGUGACACUCCAACAGGGGGAUAUCCCUACGCUUCUCAGGCAUACGCAGCAAAAUAUUGGAUAAAUCGAUAUCUUUCUCUGACGGAGCAAGGGAAGCCGAAGCUACCUCCAGGACAAGGGAAGCCGAAGUUACCCACAGAACAAGGGAAGUCGAAGCUACCCAAGCUAGCAGACGUGGGAAAGAUAGCUCUCUUGUUGGUCCGGCGGGCCCAGAAGGCCGGAGAUGGCCGUUCAAUGACAGACGGAAAUAUCAAAAGUUGCCUGAAAUCAAUACGCGCAGCGAACCAGGCCAUGGCUGCCAAUGGCUAUGAAGUUUUCAAUUAUAUCAUAUUUUACGGUGAUUUUGAUCGAAAGCAAGCUUUAACUCUCGUUGGGUUGGCAAAAGAGUCUGGGCUCAGAGCUCUGUAUAUCACCUCACCCUUCAAGCAGCUCAAUUCGACAAACGAUAUGGAUCAGCAAAUUGAUGCCUUUUGGGCCAAUUUCAAGGGGUCUCGAAAUUCUUCAUUUGAAUAUAUUCCCGAGGGUGUGCCGCUCGAAGUUAAAUUGUUCGGAUUCUUCCUUGCGCUCCAAGCUCGAUACGGUUCAAAGCUAUGUUAUAUUGGCUUCCGAUCCGGCACACUCGAUGGACCUGGGUUUAUCGGAAGCCCGAUCUUCUACCUUGAUGAUACGCUCACGAAGGGUGCAUGGAACGAUUUUGCCAGUGGUAAUUAUCUCUGGGACGGCACUGACGGGACGUUGCAAAAGCCCGAGCGUAUGAUGUUUAUGACACGAACGACAAAUACGUUCAUCCGCAUCAACAUCAAGGGCAGUGAUAGAAACCUUAUCGAGCUUGACGACGACGCCGCAAAGCAAUUAGGCAGUGCGUUAUACCUUUACAUGGCAUCCUUGCCAGCCAAUGAUCCGUAUUGGACACAGAGGAUUACUUUGAUGAAUAAUCCAAAUCCUCAACAGAACGAGCUGAAGCAAAUGUUCGAUUAUUUUCAAGGCAUGUGGAGAACAGUGAAAUAA